ACUACGACAGAUGACGCAGCAUCAAUUUGACUCUUGCUUUUGUGCCUCUCAAAGAGGAUAUUAUACAGGAAAAUCUAUGACGUCUGCUCUUUGACACAUGGGAAUAUACACUUAUACGUCUAAGUGCAUAAUCACAUAUUAUUCGCUCUCUGAUCCGCUCUCUGGUCAGCAUAAUCGAGCAUUUAGAGGGCUCAUCAAAAGUAUCUAGAGAUUCUGACAUCCUGAUAGAGACUUUGAACUGCAAGAUGUAGUAAUCUGUACGUGCUUAAAGAGGAGCUGAUAUCGCCGUUAGAAAUCGACAGCAAAAGCCUAUCAAGAAUCAUCAUGUGCCCCUCCACUAUUUCCUCAACUUCGGCAGAGUCAGCCCAACUCGAACAUAACCUCAACAAUCAACCAUUGUCUGAAACUUUAGACAACAAAGAAUCUGUUCGCUCAACUUCCGAUCUGGAAAAAGAGAAGAAGGAAGAUGACUGCAGUACCAUUCCCCAACCUCUCCGCUGGGACGGUCCCAACGACCCAGAGGAUCCUCAUAACUGGUCAAUCUGGAAGAAGCUCUAUCUUCUCAAUACCACCGGAUUUCUCUGUCUAGCCAUAACUUUAGGAACCGCGGUCGUCACCGGCGGAAUAAGAGAAAUACAGCAGUCGUACAGCGUUUCUGAGACUGCGUCUUACCUUUCAGUCUCUCUCUACAUAGUCGGCCUUGCUCUCGGACCUACACUGGGCGCCCCCAUUUCUGAAAUAUACGGACGAAAGAUAGUCUACCUAGCCACCCUGCCGCUCAGCAUGUGCAUGGCCGUCGGGUCUGCUCUCAGUCCAACCUUUGCCGGGCACUUGAUCUGUCGUUUUCUCUGCGCUCUAUUGGGAUCCCCCGUCCUAGCCGUUAGUGCGGGUACAAUUGCUGACAUAUUCAAGCCUCUUGAUCAGGGCAUUGCGCUUGCGUAUUUUUGCGCUACAGGCCCGUUCAUAGGCUCGGCUAUCGGCGCUGUCGUUGGCGGAUACAUGGCCCACGCCCGCAACUGGAAAUGGACAAUUUGGCUCAGUUUGAUGGUAAGCGGUGUGACCUUGAUCAUGCUGCUGUUCAUCAAAGAGUCAUACAUGCCAAUUAUACUCAAGAAACGUGCUCUUAAACGUGGACAGGAACUCCCUGCAAAACUUCCGAUUGGCGUUGCGCUGAAGAUGGUCGCGACGAUUACUCUGACCCGUCCAUUGAGAAUGCUAGUUUGCGAUCCCAUUGUCGCGUCAUUAAGCAUUUACUCGGCUUUUGUAUUUGCAGUCUUGAUGGGUUUUUUUGAAGCAAUUCCCUACAUUUUCAUCAAAACGUACGGCUUCACGGUCCCCGAAUCUGGCCUGGUCUUCAUCGGCAUCUGCACCGGAUUUUUCCUCUCAGUGCUGAUCCACUACAUCCUCGAGCGCCUCUUCUACUUCCCAAGAGCACUAAAAGCAUUGGAGCUAGAAGAAAAGCCAGCAGCAGAAUGGAGACUGUAUAGCGCGUUUGUUGGCGCAGUGUUAUUGCCCAGCGCACUUUUUUGGGUGGGAUGGUCCGCGAGGUCUGACGUGCACUGGAUCGUACCUGCCUUGGGAACGGUCCCAUUCGGAGCUGCAUUGACGCUACUUUUUAUAUCAAUCACAACCUACCUUGUCGACUGCUACGGCCCUCUUCUGGGUGCAUCAGCCCUAGCAGCCAACAACCUUCUGCGCUACACCAUAGCCUGCACUUUCCCUCUUUUUGCAAAGACCAUGUAUGAGAAUCUCGGAAUUUCGUGGGCAAGUAGUCUUCUCGGAUUCAUCUCCUUGGGACUUUUGCCGCUUCCGUUUUUGAUGUAUAAGUUUGGGCCUAAGUGGAGAGCUAUUGGAAUUAAGAAUAUGGGACUGUAGAAGCGUACACUGCUUGCUUUUUCAUAUAGGUUAACAGAAGUGAAAAUGCAUUUCAUAAACAGGACUC